AUGUUCGGGUGGUUGAGUGAGGGGGCGUCUGGCGUCUCGCGGGGCGAGGCUCCCGCUGCAGCUGGGGUGACUCCCGUUCAGGGUAAGUUCUGGAGUUCGCCGGAGUGGGACAUCGAUGAUGAACCUAUGUCGUCGAAGGAUCCAUCGCCGGGGAACUACUGGCUGUCAUCAUCGAGGAAAGAGACCAGUCUGUCAUCGAGGUAUGUUAAGCGGUUGAAUAACAGGAUCGAGCAGAGGCAAGCCGCGUUGGCUUUGGCGCUUUGCCCAGAUCCAGGCAGAUUCAGUUCUUCACAUGUCUUUCGGCGGUCGCCACCAUUGACGCCGGCGAGGGAGUUAAAGAUACCUGUCCUAGAGCCGACAGUGUUUUUCCUAGAGAAUUUUCAGGCGGGGGAAUGGACUAGAGUGGUCCGGAAGAAUCGUAUUCAGUGGGCUCGUGGUGGCCGUGGUGAGCAUUCGCUUGGCUCAGAACGCCGGCGAUCACCGCGAUCCGCCUCCGGCCAUGGUGCACACCGAUCCAGAUCUCGGCAGUUUCAAAUGCAUGGGCCUAUGGGGCAACAGGCCAAACGUUUUGCAAAAUCCGUUGUGACAUGCAGGGGCCCUUUGCAAAAGCCUGUCAAUUUAGAAAAAAAUGGCCGUCCUAUCUUGUUACAUGUUGGGCUGCCAGCGCCAGUCCCUCGUGUUCCCCUCCUCUCUGCAUCCAAUUCUUGUAGUGUGGCGGCUAGGGUUCCUACGGCCAUGGCUGCGAGGGCUCCUCACCUUCCUCGCACUGGGGCUCCUCCCUCGAAUAAUCUUCGGCAGCCGAUUCCGCCUGGAAGCACGCCUAUGCGGGCUAGUGAGCGGAGUGUUGAUGGUGCUGGUUCUUCUGUUGUUGCUAAUGCUGUUCCUGGACCAGAGGGCCAUGGCGAUCAGCAUACUCGGCAGUUGCAGAACACAAACAGGUUUGAGCAAGGUUUUAGUUCUGGACAGGGUCGUCAUACUGAUGAAUGGCGUGAAGAAAGCUUUAAUGGGCAAGGAUUUGGUAGAUAUGAUGAAGGUUACUUUGAGGGGAACAAUGCCUUUGGGAACGGAUAUGGAUCUCAGAACAGAGGUAAUUAUAGACAGCGUCCUUAUCGUCAAUUUUACUCGGGUAACAGAGCACGCAACUACAAUUAUAGGGGAAAUUCUGGGAGAUUCAAUGCUAACAACAAUAGGUACCAGCGUGUUUUUACCCCUCAUGAAAAUAAUAUGGUCAAUGAAGUGGCUCAAGAGAAGGAUAAGGGAUCUAACCAGGUAGCUAUUUCCUCGAUUGGUGCAUCUGAUGCCAAUCUCGGGGUGCAGAAUAUUGAGCCUUCUUCUGUUGAUAGCAUGUCUGCUCGGGCUCAGAAAAAGAUUGAUAAAAUGUUAUGUUUGAGAUGUGGUGAGGCUGGUCAUCUGGCAGAAACUUGUACUGUUGCCUUAUGUUUAUACUGUGAGAAGACUAGUCAUGAAUCAAAGAACUGCCCUCUGCUCUCAAUGCCUAAGCCGGUCGCUGUUACUUAUGGUGUUUCCCGUAAUGAAUUGAUGUUUCAUGAAGUGCCUGCUUCAUCUGAUGUGACAUUUAGGCAUGACAGUGGUAAAGUUGGCAAGAUUUCAGUGACAGAUGGUUCGUUAACACCUCAGGAGGUGGUUGCUGAACUUGAAUGGAUUAUCCCUGGUAAUCAUCAAUGGAAUCUCACACCUAUGGAUGACGGUUCUUUCAAAGCUAUUUUCCCUUCCAAGGCUGAUCUCGCUAGGAUGACAAAAAUAAUAAAUGUCCCAGUCCCUGGCACAAGCAUGUAUCUUCACUUUGAAGAAUGGUCUGCUGCAGAGCUUGAUAAAUUUUACCUCACUCCGGUCUGGGUCCGUGUGCAGGGGUGUUGUUACAAGGAAAGGUGUGAUUAUCUGUCGCUGUUCGGGGUGGGCUCCCUGAUUGGGAAGACAAAGGAGGUUGAUAUGGCAUUCACUAGAUCCCAUACUACUGUUCGUAUGUUGGUUGAAGUCACCAGGGCUGAGCACAUCCCUAAAACAACGGUUGAUCACACAUAUGAUGGGCAGGGGUAUGGUCUGAUUUUUAGGCUUGAAGAAGUGAAAGGAAAGGGGACGAAAGAGGACGCGGAGAUGCAUGAUGUUGACCCAGAUGACGGUUCAAAAGAGGAGGAUGGAAAGAAUAAGGAGGCGCCAAAAAAAGAUGAUCCACCUCCUAAGGAGGGGCCUGCUACUUUAUCAUCUAGUGCUGCUGUUAUGCCGACAAAGCAGUCGACUGGUAUGUCUAAUCAGACGCAAGUUCUUUCCCUUCCAAGCAUGAAGGUAGGCCAGAUUGAUUGCCAGUUAUCCCCUAAGAUUGAAGUUCGAUUCUGGUCUCAAAAUAAAACAAACACUUUAGUUCCUCGCAAGCUGUGGGGCGAUAGCGAUGAUGAUGAGGAGGAGAGCCUCCCAUCGCCACUCCCUCGUUUGAUGAAUGAUGAGGACGUCGCUUUGGUGGAUGAUCUGGUUGGGUCUCUACCGUUGAAGGAGGUUCCGCCCGAGAAUUUGGCCUCAUUCUCUGUAGUGCCAGGAAAAGGCGAAGCUGCCUUGCAGUUCGGUGUCGCUGCUGAUAAUGUAGCAAAUCCCUUUGCCGUGGUAGGAAUGAGCGAGGCUGUGCAAAACUGUGUCGCAGCAGAGGACUCAGUGGUUUUCUCUGCCGAGGCAGGUCUUUCUGCUGUGUCAACGGCUGGCGAUGUUGCACCUAAGAACUGCUCACCUAAUGUGUGCAAGUCCACUAGUAAAAAUAAAGUAAGCUCUUCUAGUGUUCUUCCCAAUUUAUCUCAAGGGCUCCACGGCAAGGUGGGCACAGGAGUUUUUCUUGGUGGCCGUUGUUCUAUGGAGGAUGUGGUAAAGUUCGGGGGCAUCUCCCCUCCAUCCAAAGAUUUACGUUCCAGUGAACGUAUUAGAGUGCAACAUAAUGCGGAUGAUUCUCAAAUGGCUCGAGCGCAGCAGUUGGCACAGGCCAAGAACGUUGCUCAUUUCUCAGGUUAUCCCUCUGGUUACGCAUUGGAUCCAUAUGUGGUCCUUUCUCCAGCCUUCCAUGGACCGCCCGGACAUGGAUUCUGGGUGCAACCGUUUAGCGACGGUAGCACAGGAUUUUUACAGCCGGUGCGGUUGGCGUUCUGAGCGGCGUCUCACAUAGAUAUGUUCUCCAGUAGUUUUCUGAGUAUUUUUAGGUGGCUUAUCCACGUGGAGACCUUGAGUGAUCCUUGAGUUGUAAUAAGAUUGUAAUAAUGCUACUCGUUUGAGACGUUCGCAAUAAAACGCCGCAUGCAUCAAUUGAUGCAGAGGCAGGGGAGUUUCCCUAUUUCGAAAAAAAAAA